AUGGCAUAUAUGGUUUUAGGUCCUAUCUUCUUUCUUUUUGGCUCAGAUAAAUUAAAUCCUACAGGUUUAAGUGUUGAAGAGUAUCAAGUUGGAAUAGAGCAUCCUGUUGAACAAGUGAGUAAGUUUCUAAGGUUGUGGUCAAAUAGUAAUGAUGUUGGGAUUGUUGCCAUAUGGGGGAUUGGUGGAAUGGGUAAGACUACAAUUGCUAAAGCAGUGUAUAAUCGCAUACAUCGUAAGUUUGAAAGCAGUAGCUUUCUUGCAAAUGUUGGGCGAACUUCUAGGGAUACCAACGGUGUUGUUAAAUUACAAAAACAGCUUCUUUCCGAUCUCCUAAAGGAUGAAAAUGUGAAAAUAAGAUGCGAGUAUCGUGGAAUUGAGGUGAUAAAAAGCCGAGCAUGGGGUCGAAGGGGUCGAAGGGUUCUUCUUGUUCUUGAUGAUGUGGAUAACGACAACCAAUUGAGUGCAUUGGCCAUAGAUCGAGAUUUGUUAUGUCCUGGAAGUAGAAUCAUAGUAACAACAAGAGAUUUAUCUUCAUUAAGUCCGCUUCGAUUGGACAAGGUGAAUGAGGUGUAUAAGCUGGAUGUGUUGGAAGAGCAUGAAUCUCUUCAACUCUUCAGUUGGCAUGCCUUUGGAAGAGACGGUCCUCUAGAAGGCUAUAAGAUCCUCUCUAAGGAAGUAGUGAGUUAUGCGAAGGGACUUCCUUUACUUAUUAAAAGUUUAGGUUCUUCUUUGAAGGGCAAAACGGUACCUAAAUGGAAAAGUACAUUGAAGAAGUUGGAAAAGAUUCCGGAUCUUAAAGUUCAAAAAAUACUCCGUGUGAGCUACGACUCACUUGGUGACAAAGAGAAGUGUUUAUUCCUAGAUAUCGCAUGUUUUUUUGUUGGAAUGGACCAAGAUUUGGUGAUCAAAAUACUAGAAGGCUGCGGUUUCUACCCAUAUAUUGACAUUGACAUUCUAUCUGAUCGUUGUCUUGUAAGCAUUGAUUGGCAUAACCAACUGAUGAUGCAUGAUCUGAUUCAAGACAUGGCUAAAGAGAUCAUCCGCCAAGAAUCCCCUGAAGAGCCUGGCAGACGUAGUAGAUUAUGGUAUCAUGAAGACAUUCUCGAUGUACUAAGAUAUGACACGGGGACAGAAAAUGUUCUGGGCUUAGUCCUGAACUUGCCAGAAUCAAAGGAGCUACAAGUAAAUGCGGAGGCAUUUACAAAGAUGAAGAGCCUGAGAUUGCUUCAUCUCAAUUACGUCCAAGUUUUGGACAAAUUGAAAUACCUCAAUCUCAGUCAUUCCCAUCUCUUGAUUAAAACUCCGGACUUCACGGGGCUCACCAGUCUUGAGAAAUUAUUGCUUAAUGAUUGUAAAAAGCUGGUAGAGGUUCACCACACUAUUGGACGUCUCAAAGAUCUUAUUGUCUUGGAUAUGAAGAAUUGCAAGAAUCUGAAGAAGAUUCCCUUGAGCAUUUUCAUGUUGAAGUCUCUCGUUGAUUUCAAUAUGUCCGGCUGCUCCAAAUUAGAGUGGCCAGCAUUUUUUCAAGAAUCGCCACCUAAAUCAAGCUUUUCAUCAUUACAGUUAUCAAGUAGCAUCAGGGAAUUAUCUAUGGAAAACUGCAAUAUAACAAAUGUGCCCAGUGAAACUGGUAGUUUGGUGUCCUUGGAAUAUUUGAAUCUUAGCAGAAACAAAUUUUCUAACCUACCAGCUACCAUCACUAGCCUUCCACUACUGGAGUAUCUCUCUGUAAACAAAUGUACUCUGCUUGAAUCACUUCCAGCGCUUCCAGUAAAUUUAGUGGAAUUGUGGGCAAACGACAGCACGUCAUUGCAGAACAUGUCAAUUAUUGACUCAAAAGCAGCACACAAACAAUUCAAGACUUUUAACCGUUGUCCCAAAUUAGUCAACAACAAUGCUGCAUAUAAUUUUAGAAGAAAUGUUCUUAGAUAUCAGGGACAUCGAGAAGAAGAGUUGCAUAUUUCUUUUCCUGGGGGUGAGGUGCCGAGGUGGUGCAACUACCAGAGUAAUGGAUACUUUAUACGUUUUCGAAUGCCUCAGCUCGUGGGUCGGAUAAUACAAGGGAUUAUUGUCUGUUUUGUUUUUUCUCGCCAGAAGUGCUACUCCAAUUCAUAUUUUAGAUACGCUAGUUAUUGCAUUUCUAAUAAAACCAGGUUGUCUGGGGGACCACAUAGUGAUGAAGUACAUGUAAUUUUGAGGGCAGAUGAAUUUGGACAAAUGUGCCUCUCCUACAUACCAAUCCGGCACCUUAAACAUUGUUGGUUGGAUGCUGGAGAUGAAGUGGAAAUUACAAUCAGACAAGUGGUUGGAGAAGAUUUGCGGGUGAAGAGGUUAGGGGUUAGUCUGAUUUACGAGGGCGAUGAGGAGAAUGAAGAAUUUAUAACACUUCCUACGGGGGUGACGUAG